GGCAGGACGGGGGUGGCCGCCGCGGGCUCGGGGCGGGGACAGCACGCAGCCUCGCCGCGCGCACCUCCGCCCGGCAGCGGCCCCGACACCCGGGGCAAGCGGGAAAGCGGCGGCGGCGGGGGAAGGAUGCAGGGGAAGAAGCCGGGCGGCUCGUCGGGCGGCGGCCGGAGCGGCGAGCUGCAGGGGGACGAGGCUCAGAGGAACAAGAAGAAGAAAAAGAAGGUGUCCUGCUUCUCCAACAUCAAGAUCUUCCUCGUGUCCGAGUGCGCCCUGAUGCUGGCGCAGGGCACGGUGGGCGCCUACCUGGUGAGCGUCCUUACCACCCUGGAGCGGAGGUUCAACCUCCAGAGCGCCGACGUGGGCGUGAUCGCCAGCAGCUUCGAGAUCGGGAACCUGGCGCUCAUCCUCUUCGUGAGCUACUUCGGGGCGCGCGGGCACAGGCCGCGCCUCAUCGGCUGCGGAGGCAUCGUCAUGGCCCUGGGCGCGCUGCUGUCGGCGCUGCCUGAGUUCCUGACCCACCAGUACAAGUACGAGGCGGGCGAGAUCCGCUGGGGUGCCGAGGGCCGCGAUGUCUGCGCCGCCAACGGCUCGGGCGGGGACCAGGGGCCCGACCCGGACCUCAUCUGCCGCAGCCGGACCGCCACCAACAUGAUGUACUUGCUGCUCAUUGGGGCCCAGGUGCUCCUGGGCAUCGGUGCUACCCCCGUGCAGCCCCUGGGUGUCUCCUACAUCGACGACCACGUGCGGAGGAAGGACUCCUCGCUCUACAUAGGAAUCCUGUUCACGAUGCUGGUGUUUGGACCAGCCUGUGGAUUUAUCCUGGGCUCUUUCUGUACCAAAAUCUAUGUGGAUGCGGUCUUCAUUGACACAAGUAACCUGGACAUCACCCCGGACGACCCCCGCUGGAUCGGAGCCUGGUGGGGUGGGUUUCUGCUCUGCGGUGCCUUACUCUUCUUUUCUUCCGUCUGGAUGUUUGGGUUUCCACAGUCUCUGCCCCCGCACUCAGACCCCGCCCUGGAGAGCGAACAGGCCAUGCUCCCCGAAAGAGAAUACGAGAGACCCAAGCCCAGCAACGGGGUCCUGAGGCACCCCCUGGAGCCGGACAGCAGUGCCUCCUGCUUCCAGCAGCUGAGAGAGCAUUUUGCUGAUUCAUCUUUCAGGACACCCCCACCACCACCACCUCCCUCCUCUUGGGUUGACUGCUGUAUCCACUCCUCCCCUUUCCUGCACCGUGAGCCCCUGGGGGCCGGGACUGCACUGAUCCCGAAGGUCACAAAGCACCUGCUCUCAAACCCUGUGUUUACCUGCAUCAUCCUGGCCGCCUGCAUGGAGAUUGCAGUGGUGGCUGGCUUCGCUGCCUUCUUGGGGAAGUAUCUGGAGCAGCAAUUUAACCUCACCACCUCUUCUGCCAACCAGCUGCUCGGGAUGACUGCAAUCCCAUGUGCCUGUCUGGGCAUCUUCCUGGGCGGUCUCCUGGUGAAGAAACUCAGCCUGUCUGCCCUCGGGGCCAUUCGGAUGGCCAUGCUCGUCAACCUGGUGUCCACCGCUUGUUACGUCUCCUUCCUCUUCCUGGGCUGUGACACGGGCCCUGUGGCUGGGGUUACUGUUCCCUAUGGAAACACCUCAUCACCUGGCUCAGCCCUGGACCCCUACUCGUCCUGCAAUAAAAACUGUGAAUGCCAAACGGAUUCCUUCACUCCAGUGUGUGGAGCAGAUGGCAUCACCUACCUGUCUGCCUGCUUUGCUGGCUGCAACAGCACGAAUCUCACCAGCUGUGCGUGCCUCACGACCGUCCCGCCUGAGAAUGCGACUGUGGUCCAUGGAAAAUGCCCCAGUCCUGGCUGCCAAGAGGCCUUCCUCACCUUCCUGUGUGUGAUGUGUGUCUGCAGCAUGAUUGGGGCAAUGGCUCAGACUCCCUCGGUCAUUAUCCUUAUCAGGACAGUCAGCCCUGAACUCAAAUCCUACGCCCUGGGAGUUCUUUUUCUCCUCCUCCGUUUGUUGGGCUUCAUCCCCCCACCGCUUAUCUUUGGGGCCGGCAUCGACUCCACCUGCCUGUUCUGGAGCACAUUCUGUGGGGAGCAAGGCGCCUGCGUCCUCUACGACAACGUGGCCUACAGAUACCUGUACGUCAGCAUCGCCAUCGCGCUCAAGUCCUUUGCCUUCCUCCUCUACACCACCACGUGGCAGUGCCUGAGGAAAAACUAUAAACGAUACAUCAAAAACCACGAGGGCGGGCUGAGCACCAGUGAGUUCUUUGCCUCUACUCUGACCCUAGACAAUCUGGGGAGGGACCCUGUGCCCGCAAACCAGACACAUAGGACAAAAUUUAUCUAUAACCUUGAAGAUCAUGAGUGGUGUGAGAACAUGGAGUCUGUUUUAUAGUGACUGAAGGAGGGUUGAACUCUGUAUUAGUCAUCCAAGGGUCAUUUUUCCUAAAAAAAAAAAAAAAAAAAAAAAAAAGAAAAUUAAAAAAAAAAAACAACUCAAUACACACAGAGACACACACACAUGUACACACAGCACCUUUGUCCUUUUUCUCAAAAUCAGAGCCAGACGGGAUUCAAAAUAAGGAGAGCGUGGGAUCACGUGGUUGACAUGCAACCUCCAGGGGCUCAGAGUCUACUCUUUGAAGGCACCUCAUGGUUUUUCAGGAUGCCGACAGCUGCAAGCAACAGGCACUGCCAAAUUCAGGGAACAGUGGUGGCCAGCUUGGAGGACGGACCUUUCUGGAUAUAUAUACACAUACAAAACAAAUAUAUAUAUAUAUAUAUAUUAAAAGAAGUCUACUAAAAAACCCAAGUUGACAACAUUUGCCAGGAUAAGCACUAGUGACACACCCCAUGCCACCCUCCCCGCCCACACGGGGGUGGAGGGGGACCCAAGUCAGAGGAGUGGAGGCCCACUUCUCUAAUUUUUGCAAUAUGGGUCGCUGUGUAGACGACUCACCCAGUCUACACAUGUGGUUCAAGGCCCCAGAGUUCUCUCAGCGAUGCUAAAGGGUGAUCUGUGCUGGAGACUGUAAUUGACACCUCUCACCAGCUCCAUUUCCAUUUCUCAAGACUGAGGGCCCCAGGGGGAGCCGGACAUGGGGGACCAGCACCUCCCCUUCCCUGCAGCAUCUCCCAUUGGGGUGCGUCCCCCAGCCCCGCAGAGUGACCUCAGGAAGCAGUGGGCCUCGCCUGGCUAUGACUGACUUCGCUCAGAGCCGGUGAAACCCAACCUAGUCCAAGUCAUUUGCUUACAUUUGCCAAACAUUUUGCCAUUUUUAAGGAAAAAAAUGCAAUGCAUAUGAAUUUCAAACUGUUGGUAUGUAUAAUCCUCUGAUACUAUUUUUAACUACUUCUCAAAUCUGUGUUAACCCUUCAGUCACUAACACAGUUCUCUAGGCCGAAUUUAUUAACGCUGGUUGCUUUUACUUUUCUCCUUUUUUAAUGCACCAAAAAUAUAAUGUUAUUCAAGGGA